AUGUCUCGUUUUUUUCACGCCAAAGGCGACUCGGAUUCCGAGACCGAAUCGAGCGAAGAUGAGAUUGAGGAUCAGAAAGUUAAUAAGAAAACCAACUUUCGGUAAGAGCUUUGGAAUAAUCGAAUAAUUGAAUUCCAAUUUAUUACAGCGAUGACCUCGACUUCAUGGCUGGUCCCGAGGACGACGAGAAACGUGUUGUUCGUGCUCAGAAGGACAAGAAGUUUGAUGAACUCAAGGGAAUCAUCAAGCAAAAUCGGGACGCGAAGAGCAAUAAGGAUUUGAACAAAUUGCUCGCCGGCUUCGAUUUGCUUGCAAAAGCAUAUGAGAAGUCGAAAACCGUGUUUCAACGUCAAAAUGUGAGCAACCCACGUUUCUACAUCCGGUAAUCUGCUAGCAUCCUGUCACAACUUUAAAAAAUGCUGUUUUAGUUCGCUCGUCGAAGUUGAGGACUAUGUUAACAAGCUUUGGGAAGACAAAGAAGCUAAGAAUGCCCUUUCAAAGAACAACGCAAAGGCUCUUCCAGCUCUCCGUCAAAAGCUGAAGAAGUACAUCAAGGAGCAAUCCCUCGGUGACUUGGUUACGGACUAUCGUGCUAAUCCAGACGAGGAUGGCUACGAGACUCCAGACGACGAGGAUGACGAUGAUCUCGAGAUUGUCUCAGAAGCCAAGACUGAGAAAUCUCCCGGAAAGCAAGCUGACAAGGCUUUGGACAGUGAAAGUGACAGCGACAGCGAUGUUGAUGAUUCGUCGAGCUGGUCGUCCGAGCCAGACACGAGUGGAGAUGAUUCAGAUGAAGACAGCGUCACCAAGAUGGAGCAGCUCCGUCGGUACUUCUUGAAAAAAGAGUUCCGUGAAGAGAGCAAGGAUGACAAGAAGGAUAAGCGAAAGCGUGUGAUCAAGGUGAAAGAGGUCGUUGAAGACGAAGACGAUGACAGCUGGACUCCGGUUAACAGAGAGAAGUCCGUUGUGUACUUCGACCCCAAGGAAGAGGUCACUCACGAUGUGAUGAUCAAGAAACUGAACGAGGUGAUGGCCGGACGCGGAAAGAGAACGACUGAUCGCAACCAGCACGUCGCCAAUCUCCAAAAGCUUUUAGAAGUGUCCGAGGAAAAGAAUCUUGGCCUCGGAAUAAGUGUCAAGAUCAACUUUUGCAUUAUUUCGGCGCUCUUUGAGCUUAACUCCAAAAUCAGCGACUAUAUGGAGUACACGACUUUCAUGCAAGCUUUGCAAACCGUCAACCAACUUCUCGAUGUUCUGAUCUCCACUGAUCGCGUCAAGCUCUCUGUCACUUACGCAGAAGAAGAUGAAAACCUCAAGGUACGUUAACAACAAAUGCAAAGCAAUUGUAAUUGUACCAAUUUGCAGGACGAAAACGAGGAAUACCGCAUUCAAGGAAGUAUCCUGAUUGCUGUUCAGAGACUAGAUGCCGAACUGGCCAAGAUUCUUCAGAACGCCGACUGUCACUCGAACGACUAUAUCGAAAAGUUGAAGGCCGAGAAGGACAUGUGUCUUUUGAUCGAGAAGGCUGAGAGAUACGUCGAACUGCGCAACCACUUCGGAAUCUUUGACAAGCAUGAGGUGUGCAAGGUGUACAUGAUGCGCAUCGAGCACAUCUACUACAAGUACAAGGAUCAGUGCGACUUCGACGGAGACGUCGGAGCUGUUAUGGACUAUUUGUGCAAGAAAAUCUACUCUAUGGACGAUGAGAAGCGUUUGAGACAACGUGCUAUGCUCUGUCACGUCUACUGGCUCGCCGUUCACGAUCAGUGGCACCGUGCCAGAGACCUUCUGCUCAUGAGUCACAUGCAAGCGAUCGUUGAUCAUUCGGAUGUUGACACUCAGAUCCUCUACAACAGAACGAUCUGCCAACUCGGACUCUGCGCAUUCCGUCACGGAUUCAUACGCGAGGCUCAUCAGGGUCUUUCUGAGAUUCAGAACACUCAGAGAGCCAAAGAGCUGCUUGCCCAGGCCGUUGGAACUCGCCAACACGAGAAGACUGCCGAGCAGGAGAAGAUCGACCGCUCCCGUCAAAUCCCGUAUCACAUGCACAUCAAUGUGGAGCUCAUGGAGUGCGUCUACUUGAUCUGUUCGAUGCUUCUCGAGAUCCCGCACAUGGCAAGUUGCGAGUUUGAAAUGCGCCGUCGCAUGCUCAGCCGAAGCUUCCACUAUCAACUGAAGCAGAGCGAGAAGGCUUCGCUGACCGGACCGCCGGAAAAUACUCGUGAGCACGUCGUCGCUGCGUCGAAGGCGAUGCUGAACGGAGACUGGAAGAAGUGCCAGGAGUACAUCGUCAACGAGAAGAUGAACCAGAAGGUGUGGAACCUGUUCCACAAUGCUGAGCCGGUUAAGGAAAUGGUCGUCAGACGCAUUCAAGAGGAGUCCCUUCGCACCUACCUUCUGACCUACUCCACUGUCUACUCUACCGUUUCUCUCAAGAAGCUUUCAUCGCUUUUCGAGCUCUCCAAGAAGGAUGUUCACAGCAUUAUCAGGUAAUCGGAUGCAACUCCAAAUACUUUUCCAAUUCAUACUUUUUUAGCAAAAUGAUCAUCCAGGAAGAGUUGUCUGCGACCCUCGACGAGCCGACCGAUUGUCUGAUCAUGCACCGCGUGGAACCUUCUCGCCUCCAGAUGCUUGCCCUCAACCUGUCCGACAAACUGCAGACAUUGGCUGAGAAUAACGAACAGAUUCUGGAGCCGCGCACCGGACGUGGUGGCUACCAAGGACCCGGGUCGUGGUUUCAAGGCAGGAACGAGCGGCAGGGAGACAAGCAGAAGGGAUCUGGUGGAUACCAAGGAGACCGUCGCGGAGGAUCCGGACAGGACGGAAAGCGAGGAAACUGGGGAUCCCAGGGCGGACAACAACGCCGUCAGAAGCAACGUGCUUUCUAA